AUGGCUGUUACCCUGAAGCCCAACGACAUGGUCUUUGAGUUUGCAAGCAACGGGAUGGAUGAUAUCUGCCAGCUGGAAGACCCCUCGGUGUUCCCUGCAGUGAUCGUGGAGCAGGUCCCCUACCCUGAGUUACUGCAUCUGUACUCGGGCCUGGAUCUGGAAGACAGUCACAAUAGCAUCCUCACAGAUGGGACCUUUUGCAUGACGCAGGAUCAGAUCCUGGAGGGCAGUAUUUUGCUGACAGAUGAAAAUGAGACCAUUACACAUGGCCCGCCAGCCAGUGAAGUCCUGCUCAGUGACGACUCUCCCAGCAACCUCCUGGAUGAGAAGCAGAUAUUCAGCACCACCGAAAUGCUGCCAGAUGCAGACCCUCCUGACACGGUCAGUCUGCCCAGCUGCCUCUUUCCUGCCUCUGAGCCCAGUGCUGGUAGCCAGGUGGAGCACUCUGCGCAAGAGAACAUCACCGACCAGAGCGCCAAGACCAAUCUCAAAUCCAAGAAAAGAAUCCGGAAGACCAGAAGCAGCCGUAGCACCUCACCGGUCACUGACCCCAGCAUCCCCAUCCGCAAGAAGACCAAGGAUGGCAAAGGCAGCACCAUCUAUCUGUGGGAAUUCCUCCUGGCACUGCUGCAAGACCGGAACACCUGUCCUAAGUACAUCAAGUGGACUCAGCGCGAGAAAGGCAUCUUCAAGCUUGUGGACUCCAAGGCCGUAUCCAAGCUGUGGGGGAAACAGAAGAAUAAACCAGACAUGAAUUACGAGACCAUGGGGCGUGCACUGAGAUAUUACUACCAAAGAGGCAUUCUGACCAAGGUGGAAGGGCAGAGGCUGGUGUACCAGUUUAAGGAGAUGCCCAAGGAUCUUGUGGUGAUCGAGGAUGAAGAGGAAGGAAGUGUGGUCCCGGGAGCCUCCCCAGCCGUGACCACUGCCUCCACCAGCUCAGCCCGGCGGGGCUCUAAGGCCAAAGGCAGCUCCCCGGCGGCCAAGAGGAGCCCCUGUUGGGAAAAGGUGUCAGAUCAGCAGGUUGGUCUCCGGCCAUCUGCGAGUCUGGAAUUGGAACUUUCUCCAGACAGUGAGAUCCCCACUACCUCCACCACGCUCGUCACUGCAGCCAACACCCAGGCCACCUUCACCAGAGCCAUGAGCACCUCAGUGCCCAGCAACAUCCACCUGGGCGUGGCCCCCGUGAGCUCGGGCCCGGGCCUGACCCUGCAGACCAUCCCGCUGACCACAGUGCUGACCAGGGCGCCCCCUGUCGUCACCUCCACAGCCCCACAACUGGUGCUGCAGACUGUGCCAACCUGCGCCACGUUCAAGGACACUUUCACUUUGCAGGCGUCUUUUCCCGUGAAUGCCACCUUCCAAGAGAGCCAGGUGGCAGCACGGGGGGCCCCACUGAUUCUCAGUGGCCUCCCUCAAAUUCUGACCAACCACCCGACCACCGUGGCCAACACCUCGUCUGUGGGGGUCACCCCCACCAGGCCCAACGCUCAGUCCCCUGGGACUGUCAUUGCGGCCUUCAUCAGGACUUGUGGCACCCCAGCGACGGUCCCUAGGGUCAAGGAGGGGCCUACCUCCUACGUGCAGGGCAUGGUGACUGGGACCCCGGUGGAGGGUCUCCUGGUUCCAGAAGAAACCCUGAGAGAGCUCCUCAGAGAGCAGGUUCACUUCCAGCCAGCGUCUGCCCCUGUGAUUGCCAGGGCUUCCCACACUCCGAGCCUGGUGGGCACCCCAAAUCUCUCUCCUCCCAACCACCCCACGGUUGGGUUGACCCCGGUGGCUGAACUUGAGCUGGCUUCUGGCUCUGGGUCGCUGUUAAUGACUGAGCCCAGUGUGGUCCCACCUGGGAGCCUGCUGACCCAAGCAGCAACCCCAGCUCCCCACUCUCCAUUCAACCCCACUUCCCUCAUUAAGAGGGAUCCCCACAGCCUGUAA